AUGACUAGGGGACACUACCGCUUCACUACAUCAGAGAAGGGAAAAAGUUUGGCUUUGGGCUCUGUAGACAACACCAAGAAGCGCAUAGCAGCACCGGAGUUUGACUUCUCAGAUCUGGUUAGGGAAAACUCCAAAACCCUAAUAGGAAGGGUAACAAACCCUAAAGAGCAACAAGUGGAGGUCCUAGUCACUGAGUUACCAAAGAAAUGGGCUUUAAGAGGUAAGGUGGUGGGAGCAAGCCUAGGAAGCGACUGCUUCCAAUUCCGCUUUGACAGAGAUGAAGAUCUUCAGUGUGUUCUGCUCAACAGACCCUACCAACACAAUAACUGGAUGGUGAUCUUGGAGCGUUGGGAACCUAUCAUCUCCAACACCUUCCCCUCGAAGAUCCCCUUUUGGGUUACUGUCAGAGGUUUGCCCCUCCAUUUCUGGCACAGAGAUAUGGCUGUCAGAAUAGCUUUCGCUUUGGGAGAGAUGGAAGAGUAUGAAAUCACAAAGAUCUCAGCCAGAAUAAGAAUCCUCCUUAAUGCUCUGGAGCCUCUUACCAUGGAGUCAGUAGUCGACUUCAAAACUGGGGAAGAAGUUGCAAUCACCCUUGAGUACGAGAAGCUGGCUAACCACUGCUGCUCCAGUUGCAACAUGCUAACACACUCAACCCGCCACUGCACUGCAAAGGCACCCCUGAGGACCACUGAUGCACAGACGUAUCCCUACUCAACGGGAGAACACCGAGAAAGGUCUGUGGGUCGACUAAACUCCUCACAGACGGACAAACAAACAACAUACUCCUCUUUGGAACGUCCAGAAGCGAGACCCUACAAACAAGAUGGAGAGAGUUUCUACCAGCGAGUGGAUCGCCAUGGUAGGCCUUUUGGUAGCAGAGUAACUUCUGAAGCUUCGCGUGUCCAGCCUCUCAGGAACAAAAUAACUCCAGAUGUCGGAGGAAGGAAGCCACCUAAACCUUCCCAGUUGCAGUGGAGAGCUCGUGAGAGAGCAGCAUCCCCUGUGGAGCAGGUUGCAAACUUCCACUCAAACUCUCCUGCUACUCCAAAGACCUCCCUGGAGAGAAACCUACACGAUAGUGAAUUUUCUAAGCAACCUAUCAUCCCCUCCACUGAAGAAGUUCUAGAAGACCUGCGAGAAGUUACCUUACAGUAUGUCAACUGCGCUGACCCAACUGAGAGCGCAGCCCGCAGGCGAAGAGUGAUACAAGGAGAAACUAAUAACUUGAUGGCUGAGACGGCUUCAAAAAUUGUUGCUGCUGCAACAGCCUCUGCAAGCCAAUUCACUGGCAACCUCCCUGGUCCCCCUCAAGUCAUCUUGCUACCAAACACGGAGUCUCCAAAGAACAAGCUGGCGUCUAACGCUUCAAGUGGGCUACCACGUGCCCCCGCUGCAGGCUCUAAACGUCGAGGUCGACCACCGGGGACGAAGAAAGCAUCAGCUACCACCAAAGCAAUGGGUGGGAGCGCGAAAAAAAGAAUCUUCUCAAUGGCUCAGGCGUCUCCAGCAAGGCCUAACGGAACGCCAUCUAGAGCUAGAUUGCUCCCUUCUGCUUCUCCACAGCCACAACAGUCCAACAACCUGCCUCAGGGACCGACUGUUAAUACAAACAACCAGGGUUUUCACAACCCAAGAAGUCCUCUUCCUUAG